UUUUGGUUGUCCUUGUCCCAUUGGGACCGCUAGCCACGCAUCACAGCAGAACGCUUAGCGCUCUUCCGUCUAGCGCCAAACCUUGCAGCCUGCCCGACCAGCCGGUGUCCGAGUCGAUUGCCAGGCGAUUUGGCGCGGAUCAGCACUGCACAAAGACAGGAAGACAGCUGGUCUGGGAAACAUAUGCUCAGCGUGCGCAGAAGGACAGGGUAUCACUCCAGCAAGAUAGUCCACACGGCUCAGCUGCCCGGUGUCCGCGGUGCUGUGCCUUUGUCACCCCAUUGUCACCGGUCACUGACUCGAAGUGAACUCGAGUCGGUCGCCCAAAGGGUAUAGCCCUAAAGCCAGUUACAAAAAUGGCAUUCUUCCCCCCAUUUAAGCCCCGGUGCCGGCUCAAGACGGCCCUCGCGCCUUGCUUCCGGUCCCCCAUCAUCUCCGCCUAUAGAUCGCUAUAUAACCCCCGCGGAAGCGCCGCGUCCCCUCCUGCCCGCCCUUUCCCUCCCUCCCCCAUGCCGUCCGCGACAUACCAUCGCACUCACGCGUCCUCACCACCGCUCUCCCCCAUGGCUUACAUGCACGAUCCCAACCAGCCUCCCGUUGGCUUUGGCGAUGCUACCGAUCAGAUGAUCUUUGACUUCGACGACGCGAUGGCCAGCAACCAGGUCACCUUCCCCUGGGACCCGUCGACGGAGUUCGACUUCGAGCAGAAGCCUCCGCCCCAGCUGCAGCAGGGCUUUGACAUGUAUCCGCCGAUGCAUCAGCAGCACACAUCGCCGAUGUACGCGCAGGAGGAGACCAAGUUCUCGCUCUCGAGCUGGAUCAACGACACCGAUGUGCUCGGGCCAUCGUCGCCAAUACCCAUCCCAUCUUCCGUAUCCAGCCUCUCUCCCUACUCCCCUUUCAACAACAGCCAGCCCCUACCUCAGGAUGGCUUCUCUCCCACCGAGUUCGCCGCGAUGCACCCCCUCCCCAUGUCGCCAUCCUCGUAUGAAGAUGCGGAUCCGUAUUCGCAUCACCAUCAGGCGCGGAUGGACGGUGGUCAUCACGUCGACUCGAUCUCCCCAGGCGAUACUACCUUUGCCGCUCCUGCUUGGGCCAACGAUCUAUGGCACCCGGGCACUCAUGCUCCGUCUCCAGCUCCUAGCCGGACGCACGUCCGUCACACGUCGCUCAUGGCAUCCCAGCGACCGCGCUUGCACUCUCGUCACGAUUCCUUAUCGUCGCCGCAUUCGUUCCAAUCGUCCAGUGCCCCGUCCAUGACUCAGCGCACCCCGAGCUCGAGUCGACCAUACAGCCGGCGUUCUGAAUCCGUCAGCCAAGACGAUCCCGACGCCACGGUUCGGCGGCGCAAGCGUGCGGCACCGUCGGAGGGUUCUCAGGCUGAGUCAGGCGCCCCUACGAAGUCAGAGCUACGCCCUCCCAAGCUCGCUCCCUCGGCGUGGCAGCUGUACUUCACCGACUGGAUUCAGAAGCAGCAAGCUUCCAGCACACGGAAGCUAAACGUGGCUCAAGCGGCGAAGGAGGCCGGGCAGGACUACGCUGCCCUUUCUGCGGCAGAGAAGGAGCCCUACAAGGCCAGGUCCGAAGCGUUGAAGGCGCAGCGCGAGAAGGAACUAGAUUCGUAUCUGCGGAAACUCACUCCUGAGGAUAUCAAGCGGGAGAACGCCUUCCGUACUGCUCAGCGCAAGGCGGGGAAAUCGAGGAAGGGGAACCUUCGGGACCCCAAUGCCCCGAAGAAGCCUCUGAGCGCGUAUUUUAUGUUCCUCAGUCAUAUCCGAUCGAACCCCCACCUUGUCAAGGAGAUCUUUGGCGAUGAACAGGAGACCACUCGCCAGAGUUCGCUCGCCGCGCAAUACUGGCGCGAGAUGACAGACGAGGGUCGCCGGCCCUUCUUGGCUCAGGCGGAGAAGGACAAGUUGGAGUACGAGGCCGCGCGUCGUCUCUACGAGGAGGGGACCACGACCCCGGGUACGAACAUCAACUUCAGCAUCCUUCAGCAGAGCCCGACGUUUGGUGCGCUCCGCAUCGAGUCGGAGAGUGAAAGCGAGGGCACUCGCUUUGACGGAAGCCGUCGCAAGCGCGACAACUGAUCGAUGGAUAGUGGUAUCUGCUUAUUUGCCUUUCGCUAUCCUUAUGUCUUUCUCCUUCUUUGAUGAUGACCUUGUCUAUCGUGUUCGUGUUCUCCCCGCUCAAUCCUUGACGCCUUUACGACCUUACGACUUCCACUUCACUGUCUAUUAUUUACUUGAGCCUCAAUAUACCUACACCACGGACACUGUACGAGGGUAUAUACCUAUGCACGCAUCUCUCCCCCAUCUGUAUCAUAUCUCGAUGGACGUGUCUGAAUGAAGUUGAUCUAUUUAUCAUAUUUGCACUGCGAAAUACACGGAUGCUGAACUGCA